CCUCAUUUUGCUGCCGAUUCUAGCCUCAAACAAAGCAGAUUGAGCCCUUUCCCUCCCUCUGACAACUCUCUCUGGCUUGUGAGUGCCGUCUGUAGUGCUGCAGAUAGUACCAGCCAAGUCAAGCGAGCCUGAGCCAGCCCUGUCAGGAGUGGGGCAGUGCUCCUGGCUCCUGGACCUCAGUCAGCCCUGUCUGUGGGAGAAGAGAAGGCUUUGUCGUGGCAGCCUGAGGAUGAUGCCCCAGCUUCAGUUCAGAGAUGCCUUUUGGUGCAGGGACUUCACAGCCCACACAGGCUAUGAGGUGCUGCUGCAGCGGCUGCUGGAUGGCAGGAAGAUGUGCAAGGACGUGGAGGAGCUGCUGAGGCAGAGGGCCCAAGCGGAGGAGCGCUAUGGGAAGGAGCUGGUGCAGAUUGCCCGGAAAGCAGGCGGCCAGACGGAGAUCAACUCCCUGAGGGCCUCCUUUGACUCCCUGAAGCAGCAAAUCGAGGAUGUUGGUAGCUCCCACAUACAACUGGCCCUGUCCCUGCGUGAGGAGCUCCGCAGCCUCGAGGAGUUCCGAGAAAGGCAGAAGGAGCAGAGGAAAAAGUACGAGGUCGUCAUGGACCGUGUCCAGAAGAGCAAGCUGUCACUCUACAAGAAGACCAUGGAGUCAAAGAAGACAUAUGAGCAGAAGUGCCGGGACGCUGACGAUGCCGAGCAAGCCUUCGAACGAAUUAGCUCCAAUGGCCAACAGAAGCAGGUGGAAAAGAGCCAGAACAAAGCCAAGCAGAGCAAGGACUCGGCCAUGGAGGCAGAGCGAGUGUACAAGCAGAACAUUGAGCAGUUGGAGAAGGUGCGGGGUGAGUGGGAGCAGGAGCAUCGGACCACCUGUGAGGCCUUCCAGCUGCAAGAGUUUGACAGGCUGACCAUCCUCCGAAAUGCACUGUGGGUGCACUGCAACCAGCUCUCCAUGCAGUGUGUCAAGGAUGAUGAGCUCUACGAGGAGGUGCGGGUGACUCUGGAAGGCUGCAGAGUGGAGGCCGACAUCAAUGGCUUCAUCCAGGCCAGGAGCACAGGCACUGAGCCCCCAGGCUUGCUCUCCACAGCUCCAGUGCCCUAUCAGAACUACUACGAUCGGGAGGUCACCCUAUCAUCUGGCAGCCCUGGCAUACAACCAUCCUGUGGCAUGAUAAAAAGGACCUACCUGCUUUCUUCCAUCCUUAGGUUCUCUGGGCUGCUGCAUGGAAGUCCCAAGACCAUACCCUCGGCAGCAUCUGCAGCCUCCACAGACACCCUGACUUCCACCCCUAAUCAGAAUGAGGGUGUCUACACCGCUGUCGCAGUGCAGGAGGCACCAGGACCCCUCAGCCUGCCGGCCCGGGACUACAGGGCACUCUAUGACUACAAAGCUCAGAAUUCUGACGAGCUGGACAUCUCUGCGGGGGACAUCCUGGAGGUCCUCCUGGAAGGGGAGGAUGGCUGGUGGACAGUGGAACGGAAUGGGCAGAGUGGCUUCGUCCCUGGCUCCUAUCUGGAGAAGCUCUGAGGGAGGGGCAACAGCCCCCACCUGGACCUGCCCUAUUGGGCCAGCAGUGUCUCUAUGACUGAAAGGCUGGGGCCCCAAGACCAAGUCAGCCCUCCAACCUCAUUACUGCUGGCUGUUCCCACAGCAGUCUCUCCUACAGGAAAUAAAGGCAUAUAUUCUUCCUC